AUGGAAGUACCUUUCAAAAAUUGUACCCAUAGAGACCCGUAUGCGCAACCCACACAGGUUUCUAAGGUGCCUGUAGUGAAUAGGCGACAACUGCAGUCCUGCGAAAACGCGGAUUCCCAGGGUACGGGUGUGGCGAUCCCCGCGAAAAAGAGUAAGUCAGUUGCAACGAGGGGUAUGAGUACUCACCUUCCUACGGGUCACCAGGAGUCAAGCACGACUCCUUCUGACGUCUUGGUCCAACAGACAAUGGAUCCAACCUUUUCGAAGUCCAAUGCCGCCACCAGCGCUGCCUCACAAUCAAAUCCACAACCAACAGUAGAAUUUCAGAAAUCGAGCUUGAAGGAUGCGUACAACAGCAAGGGACCAAGUCUACUCAGAUUGUCUGAAACAAUAUAA